AAUCCAAAUCAAACCAAACAUUACAAUUUACAUUCAAUUUUCAAGUCGGGUCAGUCUCAGUUUGUUAUGUUUUGGAUAACAAACUUUUGAAAUAAUUAAAUUAUUUCGUUGGCGAAUUUUUUUAUGUUAAUUGUAAUUUCUUUGUAAUUUCAAAUUAUUUAAAUCAUUCUUUAAUGAUGAGAUUGGGAGAUAGAAACCGCGAUCGGAGUCGUAGCCCACUUCGAUCAAGAAAAAGUGGGUGUAAAAAAGUGUUUGUAUCUAACAUACCAUAUGAAUUUAAAUGGAAAGAAUUAAAAGAACUCUUCAGAAAAGAAGUUGGUGACGUUUCCUUUGUGGUGGUUUACACGGAUGAAAAGGACAAAUCUAGAGGCUGUGGUACAGUUGAAUUUGACAGGGCAGAUUCUGCUCAAAAGGCAAUAGAUAAAAUGCAUCGAUUUGAUAUAAAUGGAAGAAAACUAGUUGUUAAAGAGGAUGAUAUUGAACGAGAUAAAAGUGGAAGACCUUUACCAAACGGACCCCGAAGUGGUGUAGGUGGAGGCGGUGGUGGUGGAGGAACUAGUGGUGACAGCAGGGUUAAUAACAGAAUGUUGUCAGCACCUGAUGAUUUUCAAUGGGAUAAUACAUACGGACUAUCACCACAAUUUUUAGAAUCGCUCAAUAUUCGUGGACCAUUGAUUAAUCGAAUAUUUGUUGCAAAUCUUGACUUCAAGGUUGAUGAAAAAAAAUUAAAAGAAAUAUUUAAGUUAGCUGGGCGUGUAUUAGAGGUUGAGAUAUUUUCUGAUAAAGAAGGAAAAAGUAAAGGUUAUGGAAUAGUCGAAUAUAACCAUCCAGUUGAAGCUGUUCAAGCAAUUUCUAUGUUUAACAAUCAGUUUUUGUAUGACCGACCAAUGUCUAUACGACUUGAUCGUACAGACAAAGAUCCAUUGGCACGACUUCCAGAAGGCCUUAAGUCAAUAGGAAUGGGUUUGGGCGCUGGAGGAACACCAUUACAUGAUGUUGAAAGAAAUCUUCCAUCAAAUAACAAUUCUCCAGUUCAACCUCAGUCUAUAAAUACACCAGUAAAUACGUCUGCGUUGGCUAUGCUUAGUGGUUUAAGUGCUGAUAGACUUGGAAUUGAAACACAAAAUCGACGAUCUUUUGGUGGCGUGAACGGACUGGGUUCUUUGAGUGCCAAUGAUUUAGGUAUUGGAACAGGAUCCCUAGGGACACCUUUUGGACCUGCCCUCAACACAAGUGGAACUGGACCUUUAAAUAGCUCUUCUUUACAUCAAAGUGCUCUAGGAGGUCGUGAUUAUGAUUCUCUAUCAGUAUCACUAGGUGUUAGAGGUUCAGGUGGUGGAGGUGGUUCUUAUGGUGCAGAUUUCCGGUCUGGAUUAGGAGGAGGAGACAUUGGAAUGGGGCCAAAAAAAUCUGACACCAUUAUGGUAAAAAAUUUACCACCAAAUACAACAUGGCAAAAUUUAAAAGAUUAUUUCCGGGACUGUGGAGACAUCAAAUUUGCUGAAGUUGGCAGCAAAGGGUUUGGAAUUAUCCGGUUUGCUUCUGAGUGGGAUGCUGAAAGAGCUAUAACUUUAAAACAUUUGUCAAGAUUUGAUGGACAUAUUAUUGAAGUAAUAUACUUCUAACUGCUAGUGUAAGUAACUUUUAUUAAACUUCUUCGAAUAAAGAUACCACCAUCAUAAUAGUGCAAAACAUAUUGUUUGUAGAAUUGGUUUAUUCAAUAUUUAUUGUAACGUAAUUAUUGUUCAUCCGUCAGUAAUAAGAGUUAGGUAAACAAAAUACUACUCCAGCAGCUUAAUGACUGUGUGUUUGUGUUUUAGACCUCAGUACUAAUAGUAUUUGUAUAACUUGCUCGGAGAUUAUAAGACACUUAUUUGUCAUUUUAUUCUUGGUCUAUUUUUUAUAAUUUGAUUUUAUUGUGUUUGAGAGUCAAUAUAUUUUUCCAUUGCACCUUCAUAACUUGAGUUAAUAAUUGAAAUAGUUUGUAACAUUUAUCUUUUUCUCAUAGUGUGUACUCUUUUUUUUUCUUUUUUUUAGUGGUGUGAGAAUAAAUUACAUGAUCAGAUUUUUUAAAUCA